UUUCUAGGGUUUCCUCCUUGUUUCUUUGAGUAAUGUCAAGAAAGCCAGAUGAAAUGACAGAAGAGAUCUCAAAGGUUGAAGAAGGUCUGGGCAAUGCCUAUAAGCCCAAAGCCAUCGACGAGGUCUACUUGUGUACUUCACCUGCGGUUGUAACCAUCACACAAAAGGUGAUAGCAGAAGUGAUAGGGACGUAUUUUGUGGUAUUUGCGGGAUGUGGAUCAGUGGCAGUGAAUGGGAUAUAUGGGUCAGUGACAUUCCCAGGAGUAGCAGCCACGUGGGGUUUGAUAGUGUUGGUGAUGAUCUACGCUCUCGGUCAUAUUUCUGGUGCUCAUUUCAAUCCCGCCGUCACCAUUACUUUUGCCAUUCUCCGACGUUUCCCAUACUGGCAGGUUCCAUUGUACAUUAUAGGUCAAUUAAUGGGAUCAAUUCUAGCAAGUGGGACAUUAUCAUUCAUGUUCAAUAUAGAUCGUGAAGCUUAUUUUGGAACUGUUCCUGCCGGAUCUCAUGGCCAGUCUUUAGUCCUUGAAAUCAUCAUCACCUUCCUACUCAUGUUCGUCAUCUCCGGCGUUGCCACCGAUAGUAGAGCGACAGGAGAAUUGGCUGGGAUCGCAGUUGGAAUGACUAUAAUGUUGAAUGUCUUUGUUGCUGGGCCUGUAUCAGGAGCAUCAAUGAACCCAGCAAGAAGCAUUGGACCAGCUUUGGUGAAGCAUGUUUAUAAAGGACUGUGGGUGUAUGUAAUUGGCCCAAUUAUUGGAGCCAUUGCAGGGGGGCUUACAUAUAAUUUAAUCAGAUUUACUGAGAAGCCUCUUAGUGAGUUAACCAAGACUAGCUCCUUGCUCAGGACCAUCUCCAAGAGUGUCCCUAGUACUUCCACUUAAUUCUUCAUGGAUGAUCAUGUA